AUGAAUACAAUAGAAGACGGUGUGUAUGUGUGCCCCAGCUUCAACAGCUACUCUUCAAAUAGAUUACCUGAAAUUGCAGCUAAAAUCUCGGAUGAAUUUAAACAGGGGAGAUCUAAGGAAGAAGAGCACGGCAAUGAUGAGUUUGAGUUUACUCUGGCGGAGGAGUUCUUUUACGAUGGUCAAAGUGGUCGGUUUUUUCCCGUUUUCAACCGAGAUCUAACGGUUAAUGGCGAUUUUUCCGGCCUGCAGGGCGGACAUGAUGAGGUUGAUAGAUCGAUUUGCAUUGCGUUGAGCAAGUGCUCCGUAGACGAUAAGGAAUUAGAUCGUGAUCUGCUGCCGCCGCCGCCGCCAUCGCCGUCGUCGUCAUCAUCGGAAGAGGAUGAAUUGGAGAGUGCUCCUCCAGGAACGUACUGUUUGUGGAGGCCGAGUUUGAAGGAAACGUCGCAGGGUAAAUGUAAGAAGAGCAGUUCGACAGGAUCAACGUCGUUCAAGCGGUGGAAGCUUCGAGAUUUGUUGCCUCGGAGUAACAGCGAAGGAAAAGACAGUUUUGUAUUUCUAACUCCAAAAAAAGGAGGAAAAUCGGAAGGAAAUCAAUCCGGCAAGGUCUUGAAACUCACCGGAAAAUCGAAGGCAAAACAAAUUACAGCCGGAGAUAAGGCGGGCCGGUCGCCGUCGAUGGCCGCUCACGAGGAGUUUUACGUGCGGAGCAGGGCAGCCAAGGAAACAUCAAAAAGGAAAUCAUAUUUGCCGUACAGGCAAGACCUGCUAGGGUUUUUCGCCAACGUCAACGCUUUGGGUAGGACUUUACCUUAG